AUGUCGAGCACCCACGCUCCUAUUGCGGCGUAUUUAAGCAAAUCACCACUGAGAGCCACCUUAAAGAGUCUCUUCAAGUGGAGGUAUAUGGCGUGUGUUAAACCAGCAGAACACUUUGACCCCUCGGAAGAUGCUAGGACUCUGGAGAGCGCAAUGAAAGGAUUUGGAUCGGAUGCUGGACUGAUCAUUGACAUUCUGGCUCAUCGUUCCUCAUCCCAGAGAAGAGAAAUUGAGUCCGUGUAUAAAGCUCACUUUGGUAAGGACCUACGAAGCGAACUUGGUCAUGAGUUAAGCGGUAAAUUCAAGCAGGCUGUCCUUUGGUCUUUUGGAGACAAGGCUCAUGUGAACGCAACGGCUCUCUUCAAGGCCAUCGACAGGACAGGCACUGAUGAGCUGAUGCUCAUCGAUGUACUUUGCACGGCAACUAACAAGGAAAUCGAGGAGAUUAAGGAUGCCUAUCUAGACGCUUCUAAUAGGAACUUGGAGGCUGAUGUGAAGGCUGACACAUUCGGUGACAUACGAAAGGUGCUCAUCGCUUUGCUUCAAGCAAGUCGACAGGAGGGAUGCGACGAUAAUCAGGCGAAAAGUGAUUCUUUUGAACUAUUUCAAGCUGGUGAGGGACAACAUGGGAUGGAUGAAAGCACGUUCACGCGUAUUUUCUGCACUCGAAGUUGGGAACAGCUGAGGAAAAUCGACGAGAUCUACUGUGAGGUGCACCAUCUGAGAUUUUUUUCUCUCUUUUCUGAAAAGCACUACGGUCACGACCUUAUUACAGUGAUUUCGAAGGAAGCCUCCUCCGACUAUAAGAUAGCCUUGAAGCUAAGUUUCAAGCCCAAUGGAUGUUCGGCUUCAUUGAGAAAGUCAUUUAAAGAUCCAAAACGAAAACGAUCAGUGAUAAUUUUUACAAUUAAUGAUCCUCAUGCUUCAUACGGUCUAAUGGUGCUACUUUCUACUUUGCAAACUGCAACGGAUCCUAAUGACACCAUUGUUGAGAUGCUCUACAGAAGCAUGAAGGGAAUGGGCACCAAUGAUGACAAUCUCAUUCGAAUUAUAUUGGCCCAUUCUGAGCCUUGUCGACGCUUCGAUGCCAACGGGGACGCCCAAACAUUAAAAGAAGCAGUAAAAGGAAUAGGCACUGAUGAGACGAUCAUCAUCGACAUUCUCUCACACCGCACCAGUUGCCAACGUCAAGACAUCGCCCAGGCGUAUAAAUCACAGUAUGGAGAGGAUCUGUUGGAGCGUUUGCACAAAGAGCUUAGUGGAAAGUUCCGUCAAGCGGUAGAGUGGUCCUUCUACGAUCGAGCCCACGUGAAUGCAGCUGCGUUAAAGGAGGCCAUGAAGGGUGCCGGGACUAACGAGGGGAUGCUUAUCGAUGUUCUUUGCACCGCCACCAACGACGAGGUAGAGGAAAUAAAGGAGGCCUACAUGGAGUUAACACAGAGGUCAUUAGAAGACGAUGUGAAGUCUGAAACCUCUGGCGACUUGGAGCGGGUGCUGGUGGCAAUCUUGCAAGCCGAGCGGGAGAGUGAUUGUGACCAUUCACAGGCGCAUGAGGACGCUAUUAAGAUCUACGAAGCCGGAGAAAAGAAACAUGGAACGGACGAAUCCACAUUUACACGAAUCCUGUGCACACGAAGUUACGAUCAGAUCCGUGAGAUAAAUGAGGUUUACCAAGAUGUACGCCUGCUAAAAUUCAACAUGCGUUUAGACAUACAAAGUGAUACAAUUUUGCAUUUUAUAAAUACGCAGGAAUUUGGUCGCAAUCUCGCCGAUGUAAUCAAAAGCGAAACCUCUGGAGAUUAUGAAAAGGCUCUCUCCCGCAUCGUGAUGAUGUCGAAAGACCCUUACAACACAUUCGCGGACAUGCUCUACAACGCCAUGGCGGGCGCAGGAACCAACGAUGACAGCCUUAUUCGCAUACUUCUAGCCCAUUCUGAGGACGAUCUUCGCCGAAUUCAGACCGCAUUCGACAACAUCAGCGAAAAGUCACUCGCUGAAACCAUCUCGGAUGAUACUUCGGGAGAUUACAAAAAAUUUUUGCUCGCUAUUCUGGAAUGA